GUCAUAGAAAGCAUGGGGCAUGGUCGUUUUGGUGCCGUUGUCUCCGAUAGCACUGGAAAUACAACACUGGCUCGCAAACUCCUUGUUGAACAUGUACCCACAAUCAUAGCUCUAGCCGAUCUGUGUCACCACAUCAGCAAUCUUAUCAAAGAUGUGGUCAAACUGCCUUAUUUCUCUUUGGCAAUCAAAGUUGUCCGUGGAAUUAUUAAGUACUUCCACAUGUCACACAUUGGAAUCGCCGAUUUCGCAAAAGCAAGACAGCAACUGAACAUCGGCCAUGGCCUUGAAUCUAUUGGGAAGACUCGUUUUGGAACUGUGGUCCACUCGUCAGUGUCAGUUCAACGUUGCAUCCCUGCAAUACAGAAAACGAUUUCAUUUGGUCGUGUCAAGUCUGAUGACUUUCGUGACUAUUAUCGAUCUGAGACAACGUCUCAGAAGGCAUUCAACUUUCGAUAUGGACUAGAACAGCUCAUAAAGAUUGGUUCACCUCCUGCAAACACAUUAACGUGUCUGGAAGCAGUUGAAGUCAUGGCAGCUGAUGCGUAUUUCUUUUGGCAUGCCAUGAUUGCCAAAAUGACCGAGGUUCUGCUUGAUCCAGGCAAUGAAUUUCCUGUGGAAGUCCAGGAAGAUAUUCUCGGUAUCCUGGAGCAUUGA